GUUUUGAAAGCGUAAACAUCCUGUAAGCGCACAAGGCGAGACUUGUGAAACUUUCACUUGAUCAUUACAUUUCGAAGCGGUGAGGUUGGUGCUAUCAUCCUCCAUAAGGAUUACAAUGGAAGCUCGUAAUGAAUACCCAGAAGAUAUGGCUUUAUUUCAACCAAUUUCUUUGCAAGAUAUGUGUAUUCAAACUAUUUUAUCUUCGAUAUUAUGUAUAGCUGAACUGUAUAAUGUAGAACUGAAUAUUCCUCGUAUGAUUUUAAGAGAUAUAAUAGAGAAAGGUCGAUUCUGGAUUGAUUUUGAAAGUAGUUUCUCCUUAGAGAACAGAGAUGUAUUUUGGGAUGAAAGUUUAACUCUCUAUGAAAGAAUUCGAUUUAAUAAGUGGUUUUCUAAACAAUUUAUUGCCUGGUUUUUCUUUGAUGAUGAUGUUAUAUUUCUUUUACACCUAAAGAUUGCACAUAUCACAUUUGUAAAACAUGUAAUUGUUCAAAAUAAUGAGUCUAAUAUUUAUUUGAAAAGCUGCAACAAAUGUUUAGAAUUGUGGUUACGAUGUCAAACAGACACUACCAGAACGAAAUGUAAAAUUUUCAGAAAAUUCAAUCAUUUCUUAUGUUAUAAUGAAAGGGAUACCCUUUCUUAUAUGCGAAAUGAAGAUAACUGGUGUGAGAUAUGUAAGCAAAGUCCUCUGUAUUUCAUUUGCGACGAGAAUUCAUGUUGCAUUUCUUUUGGAAACUUGAUACACGAAUGUCCCCGAAUUAACCAUGAUCACUGUUAUAAUAAUUGCUAUGGAGGUUAUGUAGAAAACUUUUCUUUUAACUGUCGAAUAUGAACAAAAAUACUGAUACAUUAUGGCAAUAUUCUGAUUAAUCAUUUUUAUUUUAUAAAACACCCUGAAAUUU